AUGAAGAUCCUAAAUAGAGAGGAGGAGCAUUCAAAAAGGAAUUUCUAAAAUAAAUUAGAUGACGAGGAAGUUGUUGAAAAGAAAUAAUAAGAUCCCAUUACAUAAUUAUUUUCAUAUAAAUGCUAAUUAAGUGAACAAUGCAAAGUAACCAGUGCCGAUUGGAAUCCAGUCAAUAAAGAUUUAUUGGCUAUGGACACAUUAUGUUUUGGACGCCUAAAGAACCCUACAUACCCUGAACGUAUCAUUACUUAUCCAUCCAAAUUUAAUUGUUGUAAGUUCUCAGAAAGCUAGCCCAAUCUCAUUGCUGCAGGAACUGUUGAUGGUAUUGUAGCUGUAUGGGAUAUCAGAAGAAAGUCCAAUAAACCUAUUACUGAAAAUAAAGAAAUGGCUGGGAAACAUAGUGAUUCUGUUUGGGAAGUUUAGUGGGUUGGAAAAGGAGCUAAAGGAACAGAUAAGGGAGAAUCCCUUGUCAGUAUUAGUUAGUGA